AUGUCAAGGAUUAUUGUUGCUGCAGAGCUACCGACAGCAAGCAGUGAAGCACGGGACGAAGUGAUCGAAGCAUUGACAAAGGUCUCCGUCUUCUCGAAACAACAUGAACAAGGCGUCUUGAACUACAUGAUCUGCGUCCCAACCGACACCUCUGACACAACGACAGUAUGGGCUAUCGAAGUCUACGCGGACAAAGCAGCCUUGGACGCCCACAUGGCCUCCGACGCCACCAAGGAACUCAUCUCCUUCAUGUCCACCAAAUCCGUCCUCUCCGGCGCCCCAACAAUCCGCCAGCUCUCCUUCCUCAACGACCUGGACUUCGUCAAACCCUCUGCCGCCGACCAAAAGGACCCCUUGAUCGUCUUCGCCGACAUUCAGUUCUCGUCUGGUGAACGAGACGGCACGCUCAAGUACUGGAAGCAGAACCUCGAGAGCUCCAAGGAGGAGUCUGGAUGUUUUGUGUAUGGGUUCGCGCAUGAUGAGGCGAAGCCUGAUACGCUGUACACGCUUGAGGUGUAUGUGAGUGAGAAGUACUUGUGGGAUGUGCAUAUCAAGGCGCCGGCGGUGCAGGAGACGAUUGAGAAGACUAAGGAUCUGAGGACGGAGAUGAAGCUGGCGAAGUUGCAGCUCAAGGGUGGUUAUGUUGCCAAAGCCGCGUAG